GAAACUUGGCAAAGACCCAAACCAGAAGCUGCGCUCAAAAUCCUGACUCCAGCAUGGUCAGCGUCGCACCCAGCAUGCUCCCCAGUCUCCGUCACCUCCGCUUCCUCAUGGGCUACCUCCUCGUCCUCGCAGCCCUCCUCCUCACCCUCAUCAACAUCUUCAAAUCCAAGUCCGCAUCCUCCCUCGUCCGCCCCACCUCCCUCCACCGCCGCAGUCAACACACCUUCCCCCUCCCCUCCGGACCCAAGAGAGACGUCCUUCCUAUCGUCUCACGGAAGCAUCCAUGGGGUGCUCAUGGCCUCGUUGAGUUAGGGAUUGGACAUCAUAAUCCGAGCAUUCUACGGAUGCCGCCCGGGACGGGGGCAUUGUAUGUUACUGUUGCGAGGAGCCAGUAUGAUACGAGGAUUGUGCAGGAUAUUGAGGGGCAGCCGGUGGAUAUCGACCUUCGUGACAUCUUGGCUUCUCGCCAUAGUGCUCUUCUUGAAGACGACCCAACCCACAAUACCCACGCCUGGCCCCCCGACCUAAACAUCCUCUACAACACAACCCAAACCACAAUCCUUCCCCUCAUCCGCUCAACCUCAAACGUAAUCCGAGGCUGUGUCCCCGCGGCCGGAUGGUGGUUCCGCCAUAUUCCCGGUCCCGAAGAUGCCCGACUCUUCUGGUCCGCACUCGGGGAACCACUGCUCACUUACAAUUCUCCGGGGAGUAGAGACGAUUUGUGUCGCCAGAUUUAUCUGGUUGAUGCGAGGGUUGUCAUGCCAGAACUGAACGAGGCUCUGGAGAGGAUUGGAUGGAAUGAUGCGCAUCCAGUACGGUUGCGACAUCAUUUCCCCCUUUACUGGGAGGGACAGGGUGGGUUAGAGAAGAAUUGGGCUCUCAUUGCUGUUGGUGAAGAAUUGUACGUUCAUACCGAUCUCGCACCGAGAAAAGUUUGGUCACUGGGGGGUUAUGAUACGGAGAAGAGGCAAUUGGUACUCACGCCACUUCAUCAAGACAAGACGACGAGUAACUGCUUCACCGAUAUCAGGAAUGCGAGUGAUAUGCUCCUCCCUCACCAGACAGGGAACUUCAUUCCUCUCACACUGUGUAACCGAGGAGAAUGUAAGCCGACGCCGGAAAAUACGGUGUUGACCGGAUUCGCACAUUGGAAGUUUGGGAUACCCGGACAGUACGAGAGGAGGGUUAUCACGCUCAAGUCGACACCGCCGUUCGACUACGUUUCUAUGUCGCCGCCCCUGACAUUUGUCGGUGCCACUGAUUCCAUCGACACCCUCUACGUCAUGAGCCACGACUUCUUUCCACGAGACCCAAAUCUUGUCGACUAUGCGCCCGGCCAUGGGUUCCUCGAUGAUUUGUGUGUUAUCUCGAUCGGAAAGAACAAUAAUGAGGGAAUCUUUGUGGAGACGGAUGUGAUUGGUUUGAUGGAGAGUCAUACAGCGUGCUGAGCGCGGGGAACGUGUUUCUUAUCGACAUUAUGAUACGUUGCUUAAACAAACAUUCACAGCAUAAAUACGGUUGAUGAUGUG